GGCAAUAUCGCCAUUAUGUAGGGGGGGAAUCGAUCGAUGCACGCGCGAUGUAAUUCGGUGGGCUCGGUCCGUCCGCAUCGUCAGUGUGAAACUAACUCCUCCGACACGACCGCUCUGUCCACGCUCACUUAUAUAUACGAUCUCUCCUCUCUCUCUCAAAGAAGAAGCAAAAUCAUCGCAUCUUCCGUUGCUGUUCUCCGCAAAUCUCGAGCUCCAAGCAACUCUUCCUCCUCCUCAAGGUACUUUCUCUUUCAAGAGAGAUGGACCCCAAGUACGGUUACCCUUACCCUGCUCAAGGAUACUACCAAGGUCCUCCGGUCAUGGCUCCUCCGCAGUAUGCACCUGCUCCACCGCCCCGGCGAGAGACAGGGUUUCUCGAAGGAUGUCUUGCGGCUCUCUGUUGCUGUUGCCUGAUCGACGAGUGUUGCUGCGACCCUUCGGUCAUAUUCGUUAGCUAAGCUGAUGGAUAUUGUUGAGCAUUUGCUUGCACAGUUCGACUUGAAUAAGUUUGGAAGUGUCGUGUUUUUCUGGGAGUGAAUAUAUUAACCGUCUUUUGCUUCUGAUUAUAUCUAUUUUAAUUGCCUCGUCUUUGUGA